UUACAAAAUAAGAACUUAAUGAGACACUUGUAUUAUUUGUUAUUCAAAAGUCUGAUUUAGUUGUUUUAAAAGGUUUCUUAAGAUUAAUUCUUAAUAAACAGGGUUCUAAUGUCUGAGCGCCCUCCUGUGGUGACAUUCAGCAAAUACAUCUCACAGUGUCAUUUAAUAUUGAUCCUCUAAUAAUUCUUCUUAUUUUAAUGUUUAAUGUUUAGCUUAAAUUAAUCUGAUUUUAUUUGUAUUGAAAUUAAAAUUAUACAACAUUUACUGUGAACUAUAUUGUCAUUUAAUUUUCUGGUGAAAUUAUUUAUGUGAUUUUAUUAUUGUAAAUUACAACUUUUACUCUCCACAUCGGAUAUUAUAAAAUAAUUAAAUAAUACAAUUACCAUCAUCUGAGUAUGUGUGUGUGUGUGUGUGUGUAUGUGAGUGUGAGUGUGUGUGCGCCCUGCAGCAUUGUGUGUGUCUUUGUGUGUCUCUGUCAGGAGGAGCUCAUCAUGUGAUCAUGUGACUCUGAGCUCAGUUCAAACUCAGACUUUCCGUCACAUCGACGAGACGACGCUCACAAACACGUUUUUCAUUUUCAGAAUCAUGGAGCGAAAACUGGAUCUUUCUCGUCUGUCGGACGAAGAAGCAAAACACGUCUGGGAAGUGAUUCAACGAGACUUUAACCUUCGGAAAAAAGAGGAGGACCGACUCGGCGACUUGAAGACUCAGAUCGAGAAGGAGGACACGAAGCGAGAGCUGCUGGGGACUCAGAGUCCUCGGUCCGACUCCAUGUGCCUCAGGUGUCUCCAGCCCUUCAGGUUCCUGGUGAACAGCAAACGUCAAUGUCUGGACUGCAGCUGCUUCACCUGCAAGUCCUGCAGCCGCUACAACAAGAAGGAGCACGGCUGGGUGUGUGACACCUGCCGCAUGACCAGAGUGUUGAAGAUCGGCACUGUGGGUUGGUACCAUGACAACGUCAGGAACCGAUUCAAGCGCUUCGGCAGCGCAAAGGUCAUGAGGUCGUUGUACAAGAGGCUGAACGGGGACGGUGGACGUGAUGAUGACACGCAGAGUAUGCCUGACGUCCGUAACUACAUGUGCAACGUUAACGAGGACGACCACGGCGAGUCCGAGGCUCAGCGCUACAAAGCGAUGAGGAAAAGUAAACGUCUGCUGUCCGUUCAUCCGCUGGACUUUGACUCCGAGGAAUAUUUCCCUCAUUCACGAAGAACAUCUGUGCAGCAGAUGCAUGAAGAUCGAUUUUACAGGAAUGACACUGAUUAUGAGACGUACAAUCACCGUGGCAACCGCAGGAAGAGUCUGGAUCGGUACGCCAUGAGGCCGGAGGACAGCCUGGAGAACAGGAUGGUGCAAACUCGUUCUCUGUCUAGGAUCAGCUCGUCGGUUGCUAGGCAACAGUACGUUGAUACCUCCGAUGAGGAUGAGUACCCGAGGUACCCCCCCCCCAUGUACCAGCAGCCCCCCCACCGCCGCAAGAACAGCCGGGCGUCGCCUCAGGAGAACCUGGGACAAGCCCCGCCUAUCAACGAGCUGAGCAAACGCAUGUCGGCCAUCGAGAGUCUGCUGAGUCGUCUGGAGGAGAAGAUGACGCCCGGCGACGAGGCGUCCACUCACAACGAGGAGGAGAAGCUGCGCAGGAAGUUGAGCGAGUUGGCGGGAAACCUGAGUGAUAAGGGCGUGUCCUCGGACGACGAGAAGAAGCCCCUCCCUCUGGGUAAAGGUGCAGCCGGCGCCCGCGGCGCUGCCGUGACCCUGAGUUCCCUGAAGGUCAAAGAACUGAGCUCGUCCAGUGACGAGGUCCCGACCGAGGCUCAGAAGGUGUACAUCACCGCGGGUCAGUCGUACGAACUGGAGACAAAACUUCGGAAACUGGAGCAGAGCGCCAAAAGUCAUGUUGGAGGGACGACGGACUCGGAGCUGUCGGAGCUGGAGGACGUGGUGGCGCUCACGGCCGCCAGAGUCCAGGGCGCCGAGAGCGAGGUGUCUGAUAUCGAGAGUAAAAUUGCGGCUUUGAGCGCCGCAGGUUCUAAGAAGAAGACUCCAGGAUCUCAUCAGAGGAAAAGAUCCACUCAGGAUCUGUCCAAAACUAACGGAGCUCAGUGGAGAUCCAACAACGUUUACUGAACCUGAGAACCAGAGAACCUGAGAACACAAGAACCUGAGAACACAAGAACCUGACAACACAAGAACCUGACAACACAAGAACCUGACAACACAAGAACCAGAUAACACAAGAACCAGAGAACACAAGAACCUGAGAACACAAGAACCUGAGAACACAAGAACCAGAGAACACAAGAACCUGAGAACACAAGAACCAGAGAACACAAGAACCAGAGAACACAAGAACCUGACAACACAAGAACCAGAGAACACAAGAACCUGAGAACACAAGAUCCAGAGAACACAAGAACCUGAGAACACAAGAACCUGAGAACACAAGAACAAGAGAAGACAAGAACCAGAGAACACAAGAACCAGAGAACACAAGAACCUGAGAACCUGAGAACACAAGAACCAGAGAACACAAGAACCAGAGAACACAAGAACCUGACAACACAAGAACCUGACAACACAAGAACCAGAGAACACAAGAACAAGAGAAGACAAGAACCAGAGAACACAAGAACCAGAGAACACAAGAACCUGAGAACCAGAGAACACAAGAACCUGAGAACACAAGAACCAGAGAACACAAGAACCUGAGAACACAAGAACCAGAGAACCUGAGAACACAAGAACCAGAGAACCUGAGAACACAAGAACCAGAGAACACAAGAACCUGACAACACAAGAACCUGACAACACAAGAACCAGAGAACACAAUAACCUGACAACCUGAGGCCCUGAGAGCACAAGAACCAGAGAACACAAGAACCUGACAACACAAGAACCUGACAACACAAGAACCAGAGAAUACAAGAACCAUAGAACACAAGAACCAGAGAACACAAGAUCCAGAGAACACAAGAACCUGAGAACACAAGAACCAGAGAACACAAGAACCAGAGAACACAAGAACCAGAGAACACAAGAACCAGAGAACACAAGAACCAGAGAACACAAGAACCAGAGAACACAAGAACCAGAGAACACAAGAUCCAGAGAACACAAGAACCUGAGAACACAAGAACCAGAGAACACAAGAACAAGAGAAGACAAGAACCAGAGAACACAAGAACCAGAGAACACAAGAACCAGAGAACCUUAAAACCCUAAAACUUGAGUCAGAGAACGACAAAACAGAAAAACGUGUAAAGGUCAGGGAGAUGCUGUGGUCAACAUGGGUCUCCGCCCUCUAAAUGUAAACAUCUUAGAGGGCGGAGCUUCAUCAAGUCUAAACAGAAUAUAACGUUUUCAAAAAUGUAUAACAAUUACUAAAGUAAAAAUGUUAUGUGUCAAUAUUUUUUUAUCCUCAAACUAACAAACAAAGAGACACAUUUCAGUUUAUACAUUAAUUCUAUGCAGUUAAAUAUAUGUUUGAUUUCUUAUGUGUCAUUAAAUUACAAAAUAAAAUAAUAAAAUACAAACCCACGUCCUUAAAAGUACAGAGUUAAACAUUUGUUACGUUAUGUUACACAUAUAUAUAUUUAAAUACGUAGUGAGAUAAAGAAAUAAGUAUUAGAAAAAUAGAAACGUUUUAAAGAAUUAAUUCAUCAUUUAUUCUUUCACAGGCCUGAAAAUAUAUAUUGAGAAAAGAUUUAUAAAAUAAAAUAAUAGAUUUUAAAGCCAUAUAAAUAAAAUCAAAACACAUUCACAGAUUAAUCAGCUGGUGAAAAUUUUUAAAAAUUUUUGCUUGACUUAAAUAGCUUAAAUAAAUCAAUAUUAUCAAUCUGUUUGUGGAAAAGUCGAGAAGUAAAAUUUAUUGAAUGAUGUCACAUCAAUGUGAGUAAAAACUAAUUAAUAACGUUUUCUCUCGUUUCCAUUUGUUGAAUAAAUCACUGAUCCAUCGCCAGCUGAUUGGGUUUUAUUGCUCAGUAUAAGAACAUUUAAACGUUUAGUUUCUCACUUAUUGAUUUCAGAUUGUUGACCUCAAUGUUCUGAUCAAUAAACUAUGAAACUCUU